UUUGGCAUUGCUCUUCUUCGCGUCAUAUCAAGUCGCUGCAAUGGCACGCGUCACCAAGAGCAUUGCGGCUCUGUCUCUCGCUUCAGGUGCUCUCGCCUCGCCGUUAAUUGCCCGUCAAUACAAUGCAACGAGCCCGUGUGCCCAAGUAGCAAGCUCCGUCGCAACCCAAACAGCUGAUGUGCCCACCGUCCCUGCACAAUUGGCCUAUGACUGUCUUACUUCAGUUCCUUUCAACCAGUCUGCUGCCCUUGCACUUGUCGACGGUGUGGUGCCCUAUUUCCGAUGGCAGAGCACCACUGUCUGGCUCAAGGAUCCACCCAAAGAGUAUGUCGAAAAGGUGCAACCCGCUGUCGACAUCUGGGGUGAGCUUGACACCAUAAGAGAAAAAGUAGUCAAGAGCGAGUAUGACAACGAAUAUGAGUUCGGCUUUGAGUUGUAUCGUCUUCUGCAAACGACACACGACGGCCAUUUUGUCUACGUGCCCGACAUCGUAGGAACCGUCUUCAAUUUUGCACGCCCAAUCCCUCUUGUUUCCGCCUCGUCAGAUGGCAAGGAACUACCAAAAGCCUACGUUUACGCCGAUGUCUUGGCUGAGUCCUUUGGCAACGCAACCUUCAAGGCAUCUCCCAUCACCAAGAUCAAUGGCCAGGAUGCCCAGGAAUACCUCGAAAACUGGUCACAAUACGGCUCUCUCCAAGACCGGGAUGCUCUUUACAACAACGUUUUCUAUGAGCUUGCUACUGUAUCACUUGGCCCCACUGGAUCUGGCAUUGGCACUUUUGCUGGAUCAGGGAGAGGUCGCUGGAUCUACCCUGGGGCUACCACCGUGCUUGAUUUCGCCAAUGGCACCAGCUAUACCUACGAAAACUUUGCCAAAGUCUUGAUCCCAUUCGAUGGCAUCACUGAUGGCGAGAGCCUCUACAAGCUUUGGUUUACCGGCAACCCACCCACCGAGACUGAAGAUCCAGCUCCUUCCAACUCUACCACACCAACCCCCUCGGCAUCCGCCUCUGCAUCCGCCACACCAAUCCCUGCUCCUGGCUACCCCCCACCAGUUGUUCGUCAAAGCCAAAACUUGAUUGGUGGGUACUUCCUCGAAGACGAGUACUCCGAUGUUGCUGUUCUGUCCGUUCCUUCAUUUGUGGGCACCGAUGCUCAGGUACAAUUUCAAGCCACUGCUGUGAAAUUCCUCUCCGCGGCCAAGGCUGCCGGAAAGAAGAAGCUCGUCGUUGACGUUCAGGCAAAUGGCGGUGGUACCAUCCUACUGGGAUAUGACCUCUAUUUGCUCCUCUUCCCUAAAGACAUCAAUCACGCAGCAGCUGAUCGAUUCCGUGCUUUUGAAUCAACGGACAUCAUUGGCCAACAAUUCUCAAAAGCUUCUGAAGGCGUGACUAGAGAGCCAGUCACUCAAGAACAAAACGAAACACUGUACGAUCUUCAGGGAAAUGUCGUCUCUUCUAUGUUCAACUAUCGCACAGAUCUAGAUGUUGAUGAGAAGCCCUUCUCCAGUUGGGCGGAAAAGUUUGGUCCCCAUCAUAUGAAGGGCGACAACUUUUCAAGCCUUUUCCGUUGGGACCUGAACGAUCCAUUGAUCACCCAGAACUCAGGUGGCAUCUACGUUCACGGCUAUGGCCCUCUAUCCAACUAUACUGAACAGCCGUUCGCUGCUGAGGACGUUGUUGUCAUAACUGACGGGUACUGCGCGUCUACUUGUACCAUUUUCUCCGAGCUUAUGCGCCAACGUGCUGGUGUCAAGUACAUCUCCCUUGGUGGUCGCCCUCGCGAGGGUAUCACACAAGCCGUCGGUGGCGUCAAGGGCACCAACGACCUUCCUUGGACCUAUAUCCAGUUCCUUGCUCAAUAUGCCGUUCUCAACACCACCUCUUCGGCCGAAGAGGUAGCGCAGCUCAAUAACACUGAGCUAAACCAGUAUUGGUCUUCUGUUCCCUUCGAUCGUCUCGCCAUCGGUUCGGCAAUGAAUGUCAAUUUCCGAGACGGCAUUCGUGACGGCGACGAGACUGACACCCCACUGCAAUUCAUCUACGAGCCAGCCGAUUGCCGCAUCCUGUACACCAAGCAAAUGACUAUCGACAUUACCGCCAUCUGGAAGGCGGCCGCAGAUACCACCUGGGGAGGAAAAAGCCACUGCAUCGCUGGUGACUUUGGUGGAUACUCAACAAACACCCUGACCAAGCGCGAGUUGAGCGGUAGAGAAGAGGCUCUGAGCAAGAGAAUGAAGCAGUGGAGGAGAAACCUUGCACCGCAGGAUUACCCACUCGAUGUACGCACCGAUAUGCGCAAGGCAAAGAUUAUGGGUGACGGCGUUAUGUGGCCGUAAAGCAAUGGCAUCAUUGUUUACCUCCACCUUCAAAGUUGGAGAAGGCAAUAUUUUUGAUAAAUGAAAAAAAAAUGACAUUUCGUGACUAG